UACCUCUCACCUGUUCCCCUUAUAUUCCAAAUUGCUUGACCUUCCACUUAUGCCCAAAAACUAUUAUCCUUCAAUAGCAAAAUAUAUUGCGGUGGUCUUGACCCUUAGUUAUCUUUUCUUUUCAAUCUCUUGGCAUUCUCGCGGCAUUCAUUAUAAUUUUUUCUAUUCACCUGUUCCCUUCGGAGGGGUGGGGGUACUCUGUAGAGAGCGUCACAUGCAAAUUGUGUCUUUUUACACAAAAAAUGGAUAAUAAAAAGUCU